AUGGCUCCAGUCACUGCCAUUCGUGGUGAUCAUACCAUGUGGCAAUGCAUGACCACAGUCAACGACGAGUACUGCCAAGUCAACAACAUGUUUGAGUAUGGCCAGGACGACAAAGGUUUUGCCAUCAGAGUGCCAAUGCUAGGAUGUCCCAAAUGCAAAUUAGGUCGAAGAAUCGGAACUUUGGCCUUGAGGGAUAACUGGGAUAUAAUCGGACACCUUGAGGAUUAUACGUCUUUGGGUGAAGAAGUCUGGGAAUAUGAUGUGCCUUAUGAUGUCGAUGAGCCGGGUCCGGUUCUGUAUAGAACUGUUGCGAGUUUACGUGAGGGCGAUAUCACGUAUGAUGAUGUUGUCAGUGAUCGAGCUGCUAACGGGAAUUAA